UUGAGCCCCACCACACCUACCUCUCUCCAGUACCUCCCCUUUCCUCCUUCCGAGUCGCCCGAGAAACGCUUCGCUGUACUACUGAGGUGUGAACGACUGGGUUUGGACUGCGCCGUAACCGACGAGGUCGUCGUUCGACCAUUCUACCACACCUCCAAGGAGCGCUUCGAGUUGAUGGCAGCAGUUGUUCGGCACUUUUCGCCCAAUACCCCACUUACCGUGGAAAACCUUCGCGAAUACGUCUCCACAUUGAGCAAAGCUACUUCAGACAGCUCAUCAUGCCGGAGCCCCGGACAAGAAGCCUCGCCUCCGCCAUCCAUCUCUCAGCCAGGCACUAUUUCCAAAACUCCGGGGUCACAUUCACAGUCAUAUGAGCACUCAUAUACACAGACACAGGAGUAUGACGACGGCGCCGAUGAUGGGACAUCGCCUGGUCUGUCUGAAUCUAGCCUAGAUGGUGAAUUCAUACCCGACGCUACAUGCCAGCGCCGUUUCGAUAAUGCUUCAAGCUGUGCCGUUCUCAAUUCCAGAAUCAGCUCGUGCAUCCCUGACAGCUUCCCACGGCUUUCGAUGUUGCAACGGGAGACCACAAUCGACCUGAGCGAUGGUCAACCACUCUGGGCAAUCCCGGCCAUCGCACUGCCAUCUAGAAAAUUGAGCGAGCAGUGUGGUGUCACAUUCUUCACCCAGAUCAAUAGUGUUCUCUAUAUUCUCAGUCCCGAAAAGUUCUUCAACUCCGUCGAGGCUGCUUACAGCGGUAGAGACACGCCGACGUCUACUCAAGCGAUCAUCCACCUCGUCGUAGCUCUGGUGAAUAGAUCUUCCGAAAACUUUGAAACUGCACGAAUGCAAAUGGAAAGCGUCCUUGAAGAGGGAAGCCUGGAAAGUGUCCAGGCCAUGAUGCUCAUGCGGCACACAGCCUGGGUUGCUCUAGGCAGUGCAACCAGAAUCGCACAGUCACUCGGUAUGCACAUCAGGACGGAGGACGAGAGCCGGAUGGUGGCGGAGCAAAAGACAAGACUGUGGUGGUCAUUGUACGAGCUGGACCAAUGGAGCUCGUCCAACCUGGGGCGAUCCCCUGACACUUCUGUCAAUAUCGAUACUGUCCCAUCGCCGUGCGAGAGCCUCACCGCAAGCGCCACGACUCCACCAAUGUAUGCAGCCGCGUCAGCACGCUUGGCACAGUUUCUCUCCAGGGCCACGAGUUGUAUUUUCCUCAAGAAGACAUGUAGAGGACGGGACAUAGACGACCUCCUCCAUGGUCUCAAUGCCUGGUGGGCGAGCCUACCAGGAUAUCUAACUCAGGCAAUACUAUCGGAGUCAUUCGCGCGCGCAACGCUUUAUCUUCGAUUAAGAUAUCAUUAUAUCCUAGUUCUCAUUACUCGAACAUUCCUUUUCAAUCCUACCUGGGAGAGCUCGACGAUGAAUCGCUACAUCGAAAUCUGCAACGACAACAACGACAAGUCCAUCGAGAUAAUUCUUGAUAUGCAAGCCAGAAAUGUUCUUACCAACUCAUUUUGGUUCGACUCGUACUACAUACUCUCAACAUCUCUCAUUUUGCUUCUACGAAUCUUGAAGGAUCCAUCGUGUACGGAUCUCCACAGCAAAGCGGAAAUCAUGCAGAACAUUCUACAAGAAUAUCCAGGCAAAAUACAAGCCUAUGCCACCGAAUGUUUCAAGCAGGUCCUUGAGGACAUCAACACUCCAGCGUCGGUGUCCAAGGAUAGGAUCGUGAAGGUUUGGGACCACGCCACGGGCAAGUGUCUCCAGACGCUCAAGGGCCAUAGCGAGCUUAUGUGGUCGGUGGACUUGUCGGGCGACAGCACACAGGAGUCAUCAGCGUCUAAGGACAAGACUAUCAACCUAUGGGACUCCUCCAAGAGCCAGAGUCAACGGAUGGCGGUGGGCCAAGCCAGCUCAAAUAUCGUGUUUGAUAUGAUGGUAAAAGAAAUGAACUCCAGAGUACCGGCCUCAGCAUGUGGUUCUCAUGCCAGCGACGCACCGGAACCACCCUCUCAAUUCCUCUCUCGACUAGCCCGCAUGUCGGGGCCCGAUGGCUUGCUUCUGCCUGUGAUUGACACCUUCCGCAAAUCCCCGCUGUCGGCCGCGGUUCAGGAUUUAGGGUUGAAAUCAACCAAUCAGCAUUACAGUGGCGGACAGCUGCUGCGGUUUGGCCAGAGUACUGCCGGGAUGGUGGCCUUGGCAAAUCCCCUGUUUCAUCAAAUAGGGCUGGCCGAGACUGAGUACGGAGUCCCAUCCGAAGCGACGGUGACCCCAUUGGCUGCUUGA